AAACUAGAUUUUUGGUUUGUUUGAAAAUUAUGGUAUUUCAAAGAAUUGUCUUCUGAUCUAAGUAAAGUUUUAUCAGCACUGUAAUCCAGCGGUGGUAGGUUACGCUGGCCAGUUCCCAGAAUCGUCCGCCAUCUUGUUUUGCCGUGAUUGCCUCAGUGUCUGAAGUUACCAGGAGUGCAUUCUGGGUGAGCGCCCCUAGCCCCGUCUCAUUGGUGGAAGUCCCCCCGACAGAGGACCACUAUGGGAGAUGACGACAAACCCUUCGCGUGCCCCUCGUGUGGGCAGAGGUUUGCGAAUGAGGACCACUUGUCUGUACACAAACACAAACACGAGAUGACGCUGAAGUUUGGCCCGCCCAAGCUGGACGGCCUGGUGGUGGACCAAACCCCAACACCUACCAGAUUCCUCAAGAACUGCGAGGAGGUGGGGCUGUUCCAGGAGCUGUCUGGUGCCAGCCCGUUCGAACAGGACUUCAAGAAAGCGUCCGAGCAGAGUACGUCACAGGAUUCGGGAGACCAGUCAGAGCCAGCAGAGACUGCACCAUUACCCGCACCAGAAACCAGAGUUCCGGCUCCAGCCGCUCCCGUCGCUCAUGUGGCUCCCGUAUCCAUGGAAACCAGCACCGCACCCACCCAACCAGAACCCACCAGAGUUAACCAGCCACCACAGGUUGCAGCCACGAAUGUUGUCACUAGCCCGUCAGUAACCAUGGCAACCCAGGAGCUGGUACCGACCAUCGGAAUCGCCGGUACGGUCUCUACCGUUAUCACGCAGGCACCAGCUGGCAUGGCGCGGCAGAUGAACACGUUUCAAGGGUCCCUCCCAGUAUUACUGCACCUGCCCAACGGUACCACCAUGCCGGUGGCGGUACCUGUACCGGCGUCCAUAGCUAACCCCUCAGUCCAGGUACCGUCAGCUAUCCCCGCCCCGCAGAGCAGUCCAACAGGGUCCACCAUCCAACAACAGCACCCAGUACAACCCCCGCAGUCAGAGGCCAAACUGGAACCCCAUUACGACUACAGGCCCUACCACUUACCCACGGGGCCUCACCAUGUCCUGAGACUGAAGGCAGCGUUGGCAGGUAGUAGCAUGCCGGGGAACAUGUCAGUGAUGUCUCAAGCCGUAGACGUCAUCAUGUCACAACAACAACAACAACAACAACAUGCCACCCCGCAGGAUCUCAGCCAGCACAGAAUGUCCAUGGACGAUUCUCCGCCCAUGUCUAUGUCCAUGUCUCCCAGUCCACCCACAAGUCCAGGAUGCAGUCCCCCCUACUCUGGGGCAGGAAUGGACACUCCCCCUCCCGCCACCACGGGACGACGGAGACGCGGUCAGGAGAAGGACCCUGAACUCAGGCGACAAAGGUUCCUGGAGAGAAACAGAGCGGCAGCAGCUAGAUGUCGACAGAAGAGAAAGCUGUGGGUGCAGUCCCUGGAGAAGAAGGCAGAGGACCUCACUGCAACCAACUUACAGCUGCAGAGCGAGGUGUCUCUCCUGAGGAAUGAGGUGGCCCAGCUGAAGCAGCUGCUCCUGGCACACAAGGACUGCCCCAUCAUGGCCCUCCAGCAAAAGUCACACGCCACCCUUUUACAAGGAGAAAAAGUCCAGGACCCAACUGUAAGUCAGACCCCGGGCAAAGCCGUCACCACGACAACAACGCUCAACUUGACGACAGUUGCUGAGGCGGUGGCGACCUCUGGCCUGACGAGCAUGGCCGCCCAGGGGGCAGCCCCCCAGGGGGUCACCACUCUGGUACUCCAGCCCGGGAACGAGAGCGCCACCCUCAUGUCGGUGGGUAUGCCAGGAACGAGCUCAGCGGAGGCAGUGGCUACGUCCGCCCUCACCAACAUGGCGCAGCGGGCAACCUUGGAGCUCCAGCAGAUGCAGGGUCAUGGGUCAGGGGUCGCAGGGCAAGGGUCAGACAGCAAGUAGUUAGGUUCAAAGGUCAGCAAGGGGCCAACACAUCUUGGCUAAAAAUACAAGGCAAGAAAUUUGGCUGGUUCUUAAUUUUGACCUUAAAACUACAUAAGAAAAGGAAAGUUAAGUU